AUGGUCAGAAAACUCAAGCACCAUGAGCAGAAGCUCCUCCGAAAAGUCGACUUCACGACCUAUGCCGGCGACAACAAUCACAGAGACGCAGCGGUGAUUCGACGGUACAAUAUCCAAAAACCCAGCGACUACCAGAAGUACAAUCGACUAUGCGGGUCCCUGAAACACCUCGCACACCGUCUAGCCGCCCUUCCUCCCGACUCCCCAUUCCGGCAGAAGCACGAGUCCCUCCUCCUCUCCAAGCUACACGACAUGGGCAUUCUCCCCUCAACCUCCUCAACCGCCAAGCUCUCCGAGGUCGAGAAAUCCGUGACCGUCUCAGCAUUCUGCCGACGGCGACUCCCCGUCAUAAUGACACGUCUAAGGAUGGCAGAAACUGUGCAAGCUGCUACGACGAUCAUAGAGCAGGGACAUGUGAGGGUGGGGACUGAGACAAUUACGGACACGGCGUUUUUGGUGACGAGGGGUAUGGAGGAUUUCGUUACUUGGGUGGAUGGGAGUAAGAUAAAGAGGAAUAUUUUGAGGUAUCGGGAGAAGUUGGAUGAUUUUGAUUUGCUGUGA